CAAGUCGGUGAACAAAAUCAACAACAACAACAACAAGCCCAGCAACAAGUUCAACAAAUAAAUGCCCCUGGUGGAGAUGCUAAAGAGGGGAUGAAAAAUGCUACAACAGUGAAAAAGGAUACCACUUUGAAAAAUACUACCAUUUUGGAUAGUACUACCGUUUUGGAAAGCACAAAUAAAACACUGGUUGAAACAAAACUUGAUAAUGCUCAUUUGAAGAGCAAGACACAAAUCAAUGAAUCUAACCCCAAUAUCACCAGUACCACGCUUCCUUCCAUUGAUGUCCCUAAAUCUAACAAGACAAAAACUGAGAAAGUUGAUCCAAAGGUUGAGAAUAAUGCCAUGGAAGAAAAAGAAGAGGCACAGAACCAGCAGCAACAAGCUGAAAACGGAGCAGAUGAACACUCCAACAAAGCAGCUGAGGAAGAGGCUAAGGUAAAUGAUGUUGAACAAAAGAAUAUUGAUGAUGUGAAAAACCGUGCAGUUGAGGAAGAAGAGGACGAACGUGUUGAAAAGGUUGCGGCUAAUGCCGCCCCUGGUGGUGGUGCACAUGAAGAGGUGGGGGAUGGUAAUGGGGUAGAUAUUGACCAUAAGGAUAAAUUGGAAGACGAUGCAGAGGAGGACGACAAUGAGGACCAAGAAAACCUCGCUGAUAUCAAAGAUGAGGAGGAUGAAGAAGAUGCUGCUGAAGAUGGUGCUGAUGAGGGUGAUGAUGAUGAUGGAGCUGUAGAUGGUGAUGAUGCAGUUAUAGAUCGUGAUAAUGCAGCUGUAGAUGGUGACAAUGCAGAUGUAGAUGCUGACAAUGGGGCUGAUGCUGAUGAAAAUGAUGCCCAGGAUGAAGCUGAGGAAGGGCCUCCUAAGGCGAAACAAAAUUAAAAUCCCUGGCAAGCACAGUCCUGUAGUAAUGCAUGGCUGAUAUCACUGAAUGCUGAAUGCAGAUUAACAUAUGCUUGGAAUAGCAGCUACACAUACUUAUUUUUAAACUCUGGCCAAGAUGUUGAUGGAGAUAAUGAAGAUGAAAGUACAUGUACUAUAUAUGCAGGCGCUUCUACAGAAUCCUUGAUAGAUGUGUUGCUUAGCAAAGGGUUUUGGUUACUUGUUUUGAUCUUAGCUUUUAAAUUGUUGAAAAUCAUGAUUUUGAUUGGAAAAUCUAAAGAAGUUUGAUUUCAUUUCACAUUCUGUGGACCCCUGUUGUUAAUGGGCCUACAUACUCCACUGGACAUUGAGUCUGACUUGCAUCAAAUCUAUUUUGUCACUUUGCUUUGUUUCCUAAAACUAUGUUUGAAAAUGAUCCGAAAGACAACAGAUUUGAUGCAAGACUGUUGGAGUGGAAAAUUCUAAAAAUGAUUUAUGAUGGAUUUGUCCAAUUUUAGUAAGUAAGAGCACUUGAUGCCAUUGCUACUGUUAAUCUAGUAAUACUGUGAGACACCUAGCUUGUAAUGCUGAUUGAAAAUGCACUGUAUUACCACUAUAUUGUAAUUUUGGAAUGUAAUCUGCUCAAUUCAAAUGGCAAUUUCACUAAGAACAAUUUAAUUGAUGUAUUUGUAAACUCUAUAAAUGUCAGAGUAUGAUAACAUAAAACAUUGAUAAUAUCUAAGAAUUUUUGGCCCCUGCUAAAACCAUCAUACCAUGUGCUAGGUCCUGCUGAUACCAUGAUUUGAUGAUACAGAAAGGAUAGCACAUAGUACACGGGGACCUCUUUAAUACCCCCAGUAAUUCUAACGCAUGUUUGAUUGUAUAGAAGGAAUACACAUGAAUACAAUUUUAUUUAUUACAAGUAUAAGAUAUCAGAUGCAUGAAAUCCCUGUAGACAUUUCUAGUAAACUAAAGCACGAAUGAGCAUGUCAGUAGCCACAACUGUUACACAGCCAAUAUAA